AUGGUUUUAGAAAGCGUGGUCUCUUCGGUCCUCAAUCAAGUCCUUUCAGCAUAUGUAGAGAAUUUCAACCCAAAGCAGCUCAAUGUAGGGAUCUGGGGUGGUGAUAUCAAGUUAAAAAAUUUGAAGUUGAAACGCGGUGCAUUGGACAAAUUUCGGCUGCCGGUGGAUGUAGUAGAAGGGUCCAUAGGGAGUUUGGUACUGACUGUACCAUGGACAGCUUUAGGAAGCCGACCAGUGAAGGCUGUUAUAGAAGACAUCUAUCUUCUGGCUGUGCCUGCCAGCGAGAGUAAAUUCGACCCUCAAGAGGAUGAUCGGCGGAAACAAGCAUCGAAGAUGGAGAAAUUAAAGAAUUCAGAGCUCUUAUUGACUUCUCCUGCUGGAGACCCCACCUCUCCGAAUUCGACACAAGAAGAAAGUAACAAAAAUGAGUCUUUUGUUGCUGCGAUGACAAACAAGAUCUUAGAUAACUUACAGCUUCGUAUCAAAAACGUGCAUAUCCGAUAUGAGGACAAGAUCUCGGUACCUGGCCACCCAUUCUCCGUUGGUUUGACACUCGCCGAGCUUUCAGCCGUCUCGACCGACGAAAAUUGGGAAGAAAGUUUUGUGAUUGGUCCCAAGACCGGUGUACAUAAGUUAACGAAGCUCGACUCUCUGGCUAUUUACUUUAACACGGAUUCAGUCUCAUUGGCCAAUCUCGAGGAUCCAGACUUAUUUCAGAAGAAGUUUACCGAGCUUAUUCCUCGGACUCAAGUCUCCACAGAUGACAGUCAGCCUCAUAUCCCUGAUCAUCAAUAUGUGUUGAAGCCAGUCAGCGGAGAGGGUAAACUGAUCCUUCGGAAGCUUCCUACCAAGGAGUUGGCUAAGAUCGAUUGCGAGUUGAUAUUCAGCGAACUCGCAUUCUUGAUUGACGCGGAUCAGUACCGCGAUGCGCUAUCUUGUCUUGAUCUCUUUCAUUUCUAUACUCGACAUCGUGAUUAUCUCAAAUUUAGGCCAUCUGAAGAAGACUUCAAGACGAAUAAACCAAAGGCUCAAUGGGAAUUCGCGAAGCGAGUUACUAGGCACGAGGUUCAUGAGAAAGCAUAUAAGUGGAGUUGGGAUUACUUUCGUCAACGCCGAGACGACCGAAAAGCAUAUGUGCAGGCGUACAAAGCUGUGCAGCAAGGCGCAAUUCCGCCCACAUCUCCCGAUCUCAUGGAGUUUGAGAAGCGCUUAGGCUAUCAAGACAUUCGGUUCUAUCGAUCACUCGCACGCUCUGAGAUGCGCAAAGAACGAAUCACCGCCAAACAACAAGAGCUCGAGAACACAAAGACCUCGCAAGCGAAUGGGGGUUGGUUAGGCUGGAUGUGGGGCGGAAAUCAGAAUUCAGCGACCGAUAAUAGUGAUGAAAAUGUCGAAGGUGUUUUGAGUGAGGAAGAAAGAAAGCAGCUUUAUGAUGCUAUCGAGUGGGAUGAAGGAGAUACCGGCGUAUCGACUCUUGAUCUUCCGCGCGAUGCAAUUCAUCUGAAUGUGCAAGCGAAGCUGAAGACUGGGUCCUUCACUUUGCGUUCUGGCAAAGUGGACACAAACCCUUCAGCGCCUGAGAACAGAUGGACUGCUCAUGAUAUAAUCUCUUUGGUCUUUGAUGGAUUUUCAGCCGAUGCUAUCCAAAGGACCGAUAAUUCUGAGUUCAGUAUUAGUCUUGCUGGUUUCCGCGUCUAUGAUGGGACGAUCAAAGGGACCAAACAUCCACAAAUCGUUCGAGUCAAAGACAGUCAAUCGAGCAAGUCUUCUCAGAUCUCGACAAUACGUGAAGGGUCAACAAGCUCUGAUGACACCGUAGACGAAAUUCAAGAAGCUGCGAAAGAAGCCUUGGUAGAUCCAUUCUUCUAUUUAAAAUUUGAACAUAAGCCAUUGGAUGAUCGUGCAGACAAUGGGAUCACCCUUAAUAUGCGACACAUGGAGAUUGUGUAUCACCCCGGUUACGUUCAAGACGUUGCGAAAUUCUUUCGACCGCCCGCCAGUCAGCUUGAAUCAAUCGGUGCUUUGAUGGACGUGGCCAGUGAAACUCUAGAAGGUAUUCGGAAAGACACGAGAGCUAGUUUUGAAUAUGCUUUGCAGACACAUAAGACUGUUGACAUCAAAGUCGAUAUGAAUGCGCCUAUCAUCAUCGUCCCCGAAGAUGUCACUCGCCAUGAUUGUCCGCAUAUUAUGCUUGACGCUGGGCACAUUGCAGUCUCAAGCAAUCUCGUCCCCGAAACCGCUAUCGAGAGCGUCAAAAUCAAGCAGAAUCAGCACUACACGGAUGCCGAUUACGCAAGGCUAGAGUCAAUGAUGUAUGAUCGCUUUCAUGUUACGUUGAAAGACACUCAGCUUCUGAUCGGCAAGUCCUUUGACCAAUGUUCAUCGGCUUUGCACGAGCACGAGGGUCGACAAGAUGUUCACUUGCUCGAACGCAUCUCGAUGAAGUUUGAAGUAUUAAACUGCAUCGUUAAUAAUGCACCGAACUUGACACGAUUCAAGAUCGAAGGGGAUCUACCUGAGCUCAAAGUGAAUUUCUCUGACCGGAAAUACAAAAUUGUCAUGUCUAUGAUAGACGUCGCCUUGCCAAAGUUCGAAGACUCCGACGAUCACACCGAUGUUCAUGGGCAAGGUAAACCCCCUGGAAGCAAGUCUAAACCGAUUCGUAAUCGAAGUGAAUCUCCUCGAUCACGCCGCCGCUCAGGCUUUGGAAUGCCGGCAUCUUUUCUAGCGGAUCGGUCUGAAUCCGGUCGUCGAACUACUAGAGAGCAUGAGAGAGCUCGAGACAACCCGCCUGAUACUCCUGGCAUUACGCUUGAAGAGGACGAGUUUUUCGAAGCUCCAGACCUAGCGCAAGCAGAACAGUCUGUGAAUUUUAAGCAGGCAAACUUCGAGUUCAAAUUUACCGUAGGCAAAUUGACAGCUUCGAUAUUCAAAUCUAGUCUGCACGAUGAAGAGGAUCAACGGCUAGUUGAUUCCGUUCUCGAAGGCUUCUCGUUUGGCUUGACAUUACGCAAUUAUGAUUUGAUGGUUGAAAUCACUCUACAUUCGAUGUAUAUCGAAGAUCAAAUCGUACAUGAAGGUGUCCCGGUUUCAUCGGCUUUCAAAAAGUUGGCCACGUCACAAGUUUUAGAAGACUCGUCCUCCGAUAAAGUCGAUCUAGUUAAAUUCAAGUACAGUCAAGUACAGACCGACCAUCCCGAAUUCAUGACUCACUUUGAAGGGAUUAGUAAGAGCGUGGAUGCUGAUUUGUCGACCAUCAAUGUAUCGGUGACGAGGCCGACUAUCCUUGAACUCUUUGAUUGGAUCAUGAACACUUUUACAGAUACGAACCCUACUCCGCAAGUGGCUGGACCAGCUUCUGGCAGCGCGGGCGAUUUCCUGCAAGUACCCGCGACACCUGGCUUAGAAGGCAAUCCCGAGAAGCUCAGAAUUAAAGCAAAGCUUCGUACGAUUUCUUUCGUACUGAACGAUGGCGGCAUGAAAUUGGCUACACUUUCACUCUCGGCCGCCGAUGUGUCUGUUUUGCUUAAUGGACCGUCAAUGAGAGUCAAUGCUCGCCUAGGCAAUCUGACACUUCGAGACGACACCGAACACUCUAUUGGCUCAAAGUUCCGAAAUCUGGUCGAGAUACAAGGGGACGAUCUUGCUGAUUUUCAAUACGAGACCUUCCCUCGGACCGAAAAAACACCACCUGGUCACGAUUCAAUGAUUUACCUGAGAUCUGGCUCAAUUCAAUUCACGGUGGUGGAUGACAUCUUGCAUCGGAUCUUGAUAUUUUUUUCUAAAUUCGCCCGGAUGAAAGCUGUUAUGGAUGCUGCCAGCCAAGCAGCUCGUCAACAAGCCAGUGAUCUCGCCCAAAACGACUCGCGCAUGUGUUAUGACAUCUUGAUACGAACCCCGAUCAUUGUUUUCCCCCGCGAUCGAUCAUCCACAGACUAUUUGGUGGCUCAUCUCGGAGAAAUCAACGCCUCAAACUCUUUUUCGUGGCCCGAUGGCAAGCUUGUGACCAAGACUGAAGCCGGGCUGCACAACAUACGCUUGACAUCGCAGCUUUACAAUCAGGAUGAUUGUCACACUCUGCAAAUGUUGGGCGACGUCAACAUUGAUGUAGUGAUGGCCACAUUUGCUGAAGUCGAUCGCUCGGUGGACAUGCCACAAGGUCCCGACACAGAUAUUGCUGCCCAUAUAUCAGACGUGAAGGUCAAUCUUACGCAAGCUCAAUAUUCAGCAGUGAUGCAAUUGGCGACCUCCGUUCCGAAAAUCUUCGACCUGAGCGAUCUAGAUGCUGAGAAUGAACCUUCUCAGUCUUCGCACGGAGAUUCUUCGUUGGGCAAAGCCAGUCAACCGAAACCCACUGGUCCUGUUACAGAUAUGCUACCGGAGGUGGCUUCGAUGGCGCGCUCACCAAGUGGACGGCCAAUUCCACUUUGGAGCACCAUGGAGCUCGCUUUUACUGUCUCAAAUGUGACGCUCGAGCUGUUUGAUGCCGAUAUGCCGCAAGCAGAAACCAAUGAAAGUUCCAGUCUGGCCAAGUUUUCGUUGAAUGGGACCCGUGUUCACUUCAAGACCCUCUCUGAUGGGUCUAUGGCAGCCGAAUUCUUAUUGAAAGCCUUGCGAGCGAUCGAUACCCGCACCUCGAAGGCUACCAAGUUCCGGGAGAUCAUUCCGGUCGUUGAACACGAUAGUGAUCAGUUGAUGUUUAGUUACAAUCAAACCAGUGGAGGAAGUAAUCUCAACCUCGAUCUCGAUUCACCAAACAUUAUCCUCUCUGUGGAUUAUCUGUUAUCUAUCAGUGCAUUCUUUACGCUUCCCCCCGAUGAUCCGAGUCAUGUGGUGGAGACCUCUACACAACCAACAGCAUCGCAUGCUAAGGCAUCUAAACCAGCUUCCGAUAACACACCUGUCGAGACAACGACCUCGUUUCGCUUCAAUAUCAUCCAACCCCAGCUUACGAUCCUUUCAGAUCCAGAACGAGUUGACUGUGACGCAGUACAUUUGACUGUUGAAAAGAUAUCGGUAUCACAACAAGGUGCUCUUGCCAUCACGAUAUGUAAUUUGGAAAUGUCACUCGGUAAUAUGGGCGAUGACCAAGACGGCGUUAAGUUCCUAGAUGAAUGUACUAUGACUCUCACCAUCGAUCAACGAGCGCGAAAAGGUCAACAGAAGAUGUCGAUUCAAGCCCACUCUACCCCACUUGUCAUCAGAGUUUCGUAUCGCGAUUUUCUCCUGAUCUAUUCCAUCUACGGUAAGGCGGUCAAUUACUCCGAAGGACAGGCUACCGAGGAGGUCAGUGGUUCAGGCUCCUCGCUCCCAAUUUCCGAAGAAGGAUCAGCCUCGCAUAUGGGGACAAUCAGCGAAGAGGACAUCACUUCGGCUCGAUUGCCAAAAUCAACCGAAGACCUUAUAGUAGCGGUCGACAAACUUCAAAUAAUCAUGAUAGGCGAUAUUCACGAGCUUCCCCUCUUGAAUCUCAGCACAAAAGAAUUUUCGGUCAGGGCAACUGAUUGGUCCAAUCAGCUUUGUAUGGAAACAGCGAUAUGUCUUCUCAUAAACUCCUAUAACCUAACUAAUUCCCAUUGGGAACCUUUGAUGGAUCCGUGGCCGGUCUCUCUAAAAAUUAGUCAAAGGGGAAGUCCUCCGUGUAUGACUAUGUCUUUAGAGUCCAAAAAGCGAUUAGAAUUAAACGUCACUGCCACUUUUAUCGAUCUCGUCAUGACGAGUGCCGAUGUCUGGGGACGUGAAGGCGACGAUGUCUUACGUCAGAGUAGGGGAAUGAACGCGCCGUAUCUGAUCAAGAACCGAACAGGAUAUGCGAUGAAAGUAUGGACCCAUUCAGACACCGAGAAUUCCCAGCCCACUGAACAUGUCAUAGAAGAUGAUAGUGACAUUCCUUGGCGAUUCGAAGACUGGAAACUUAUGCGUGAAAACGUGUCGUCGUCCAGCCAGGACAGUUUAGGGCUGAUGUUGCAAGACACCAACUGGGCACCGGUCACAGGCAUAUCUGUGAUACGGGAAGGCGAGCAAGUUUAUUCUUUACAGCCGUCAGUAGCCGAUGUAACACACAGACUCCUGUGUCACGUGGAAAUCCGUAACAACUUGAAAGUUGUGACCUUACGGUCUACCUUUCGAGUGCAAAACGACACAGCCCUACCAGUGGAGAUGUGCGUGAUCGGGUCAGAUGGCAAGCGGAUACGAAAUCCAUACAAAAUUGUGCCCGGAGGCUCUUGUUGUGUUCCGAUUGAGGCUGCCUAUCAUCAGCGUAUCAAGAUUCGCCCAGACGUCGGCUUUGGUUUCGGAUGGUGCAAGGAAGCCUACACGUGGAAAGAUCUCGUCAAGCACCCUGUCCGUACUAUCUCGUGCGAUGCGGUUAGUGGAAAAGAGCCAGCACGGCGUUUCAAUGCAGCGACCAUUUACGACCAGGAUGAUCCAGUAGUCAGACACUAUCCCAUCCUCACGUUGCUCUUGAGGGCGCCGAUUGAAGUGGAGAACUUGUUGCCAUACGACAUUAAGUAUAGAAUUUACCUCAAGGAACAAAAACAUACCUACUCCGCAUUCUUGCGUAAAGGUGGAGCAUCCCCGGUUCAUAUCGUUGAUCCAAUGGAUUUGACGCUUCUCGGUAUUGAAUUCCAAGAAGAUGGUAUCACUGGCUUCCAAAAGAGUGAUUACUCCAUCGUGAACACCGAUAAUCCUGAAGACCUGCCUAUCGAAAACCGUCUCACAAUUCACGAUGACGACGGCCUGACCUUGAAUCUUCGAUUGCACUACAUGCGAUAUCCCAUGUCAGGAGGAGCUUGUAAAAUCCAGAUUUACUGUCCUUAUGUGAUUAUCAAUAAGACGGGCUUGGAUUUCGCGGUUCGUUCUAAGCCCUUCAUCGGCUCGGCCAAGAGUGUUGCUGGUCAGAAUUUAUGUGGAAAUGCCAGCCGACGCCGCGAUUCUCGCCCUUUCCUGUUCUCUCAUCUCAGUGAUGACAAACGUAACCGUGCGGUGCUCCGUGUUGGCGAUUCUGAUUGGUCCAAGCCUAUCAGCUUUGAUGUUGUCGGUGCCAAUCAGCAGGUGACCAUGCAGACAUCCACCAAGUUGAAUGAAUAUAGGGUCGGGCUGAGCAUAUCCGAAGGGCUUGGCAACUACAAAUUGACCAAGGUAGUGAUCAUUUACCCUCGAUUUAUCAUCAAAAACAACUCGAAAUCUGCGCUGUGCCUGAGGGAAAAGUCGUCAGAAGAGUCUUUGACUGUCAAAUCCGGCAGUCGCGCUUUACUCAGCCUCUUCAAGGAUAGUUCGGAUCCACAAUUGGUUCUGUCGUUUGAUAAUACCAAUAAAAGAUGGUCUAAAGGAUUUCGAAUUCAAAACGUCGGCAAAGUUUUUAUUCGCGUGGACUCCAAUGGCGUAGAGACUUUGGUCCAUGCGGAAAUACUCUUGCAAGGACCCUCAAUCUUCAUCAAGCUAGACGUCAACCCAGAACAAUGGCCGUUCCUCAUUCGUAACAAAAGUAGUUGCGCAAUUGACUUUGGCCAGACGUUUGGCGAAGCGCCAACUAAGAAUUCGUCGGGAAUCAUGCGCUCGUACCGCUCUAUGCCAGGGACCGAAACCAAUUACGCUUGGGAUGAACCCGCGGCUGCAAUCGACAGUCUAAUCCGUGUGAUCGUUUGUCCAUUGGAUCCCGCAUCUACGUCACUUGCCGCCAAGGCGCAGGUCAUUCUCCAUCGUGAUGUCCACGUUCUAGAGGUUGGACAAUUAGAACCUCUUCGGACAUAUCGAAAGGGACAGAAACUCGCGUUCGACGUUGUUGUACAAGGUCAAGCGCAGGUAUUAGUCAUCUCAGACUACAACGAAGCCACAAAUGUCUGGAAACCGACUCGACGGAACCGAGACCGCCCGAACCAAAUACAACGGUCUGACACGUUGAGCAGCUUGGGUGAAGUUGACUUUGAGACUGCCGAUAUUACACCAAUCACCUCCUUGACAGCUGCGAUUAGCUUGGAAGGUAUAGGAAUAUCAGUCAUUGACAAACGCCUCCGAGAGCUAGUUUAUGCUUCUUUUAGAGGGAUCGAUAUCACCUACGAAGAAACCCAACUUCAAAGAGAUUAUGGGUUGAUCAUUCGAUGGAUCCAACUGGACAAUCAAUUAGACGGUGCUCUGUUUCCUGUUCUUUUUGGACCCACCGAUUUGCCGACAGAUCCUAAAGAGAUCGAGUUACGACCCAACCUUCAGAUACAAGCAAAUGUCAUCAAAGACGACAAACACGGUGUUGUGUACUUCAAAUAUGCGACCGUUUUACUUCAAAAGAUGUCUUUAGAGAUGGACGAGUCUUUUGUGAUUGCUUUGGUCGGGUUUACGAAGUUUUCAGGCGCUUCGUGGCAGCAGGAGUCUGACAACCAAUUGACAGCUGAGCCUGACGGUAUCCCGGAACCAGAUUCAGAGGGAGGGGGUUUGAAUCUCUACUUUGAGUUAUUACACUUACAACCUUUCGUGAUAGUAAUAUCGUUCGAACGACAAGAUAGUGUCGAUGUCUCAGAAAGGACAUUUGACUCUCGCAACCCAUUGUACUUCCUGCUGAAUGCGGUCACGAUGGCCAUCGGGACCAUCAGUGGUGCACCUGUAACCUUGAACCAACUCAAGAUUGAAAGUGCACGCAUGACACAGGGGCAAUUAUUCAAUCGUCUUAUCCAACAUUAUCAAAAUGAAGGACUUUCUCAGUUGUACCGAGUGCUCGGAUCGGCCGACUUCCUGGGUAAUCCUGCUGGUUUGUUUAGCAACGUUAGUUCGGGGGUACAAGAUUUGUUUUAUGAACCGUUCAAUGGUGUCGUCCUGCAUGGUGGAGGAGAGCUUGGAGUCGGUAUCGCAAGGGGUGCGGCUAGUCUUGUCAAGAAGAGUGCAUUCGGUGUAACCGACAGUGUGUCUAAGAUCACAGGUUCUGUCAGCAAAGGCUUAUCUGCAGCAGCAUUGGACACGGCUUGGGCUCGAGAACGACAACGUCGUCAAUUUCGCAAUAGAAACAAGAUCAACGGGUUCGCUACCGGUGCUAGUGCUUUUGUUGAUUCGUUGGCCAGUGGUCUUCAAGGAGUGGCUAUGAAGCCCAUCCAGGGAGCCGAAAGCGAAGGCGCUGCGGGUUUUUUCAAAGGGAUUGGAAAGGGCUUGGUAGGUGUUGUAGCCAAACCAGCCGUUGGUACAUUCGAUUUCCUUAGCAAUGUUUCGGGAGGACUACGAAACGCCACGACCGUUUUCGAUCCCAGUCGAAGUGGCCGAUCACGUUUACCGAGACAUAUUCCAAGUGAUGGAAUUCUACGAUCGUACAAUUUACGUGAAGCUCAAGGUCAAGACUGGCUCAGAUCAGUCGACAACGGAAAAUUCUAUUUAAGUAGAUAUGUCGCACAUAUCGAAUUACCCAAUGACGAGGACUCAGUUUGCAUUUUGACGACUGAUCAGAUCUUAAUGAUCAAGAUGAACAAGUUGACAACAGUUUGGCAAUUAUAUCUACCUGAUCUAAGGGAGAUCAGUUUGGAUCGUAAAGGGAUCAGAUUGUUUCUUCGGACUGGUAGAAGUCAUCCGUUUUUACCCUUGGAGGAUAAUGGGACAAGGUUUUGGUUUUUUGAACAUAUUCAAAGGGUUGUUCGUGACUAUAAUAAUCGAAGGAAAAGAGCUACUCCGGGUCAUCAUCAUCCUUGAUUCUUCGUGUUGAAAGGUUGAGUUUUAUCAAGCUUCUUAGCUUCAAUUCAUGGAUGAAGCUUUAGUUUUUUUAUUAUGUUUCAGUAUACUAACAUAUAGUACACUACAUUUUGAGAUUUCGACUGUAUUUUUGUUUUGUUUCUAAAAUGAUGAUUAAUUAGUUUUGUUGUAUUACAUUUUAAAUCGUAGUUUACAUUAUAUACAGUAAUGUAGAAUAUAAUCAAUGGCAUUUGUUUUUUGUUUGGAAAUC